AUUCAAUUUGGGACAGCUCACUGAUGCCAGACUAUUAGUAUCGAGGCCAUCAUCGAAACGAGGCCCCGUUCUGAUGGUGGUCGACCCGUCCAGUCUGACCCGCAACGCAGGGCGUCGGUUGUGAUUAACCUGAGGUUCAGACGAUGGCGUUUGCUUGCUGAGGUGCAAACCAUCGGUCAAACCUUUUGUGUCUGUUCCAUUCCGUCUACUCGAUUCGCAAGAUCACAAGCGGUAGCUAUGUACCUAUCCAUCCGUGGGUCCUCCAACAAGGCAUCUUUGGUCAUGUACCCUUCCCGUGCCUGCACCAGAGUAAAAACCUAUAGGCUGUCACCUAUUGGCUGAUAUGGCUGCCACUCCUGGGUAUAACAUCUUCUCUUGGGUCUACCAAAAAGAUUUAAGGUACCUUUUGCCUCUUUACUACAUCGCGGCUCCCACCGGCUACGUUAAUGCUAAGCAAGUCGACCUAUCUGAGCACACAGGAAGAAAAGCCGCUUGCCACGAAAUAAAAUACUCAUUCAAACCUCGUCAACCUUUUCCUCCCACCUCCUGCAACACUAUCCUCUACUGAGCAGCACGAACACGACGAUGAAGCUCACCAACACUAUUGCGCUUGCUCUAAGCACAGCAUCGACAGUAUGCGGAGCACCACAACGAUUCCACAGGCCAGGCCCAGCUUCUAUGGAUACCGUCACAACCGUGCCAACCAUUCAAAAUCGUGUCAACGUAUACGGAAAAUGCGAUCCUGAGAACGCAGACGCAGAUUGCUACGAUGGACACCAUACCCGCCCACAUUUCCCUGUCUCUAGCCACGGCAGCUACUACCUACCAGGUGCCAACGCUGCCCUCCCGAGCAAUACUACCUUGCUGCCUCAUCGAACCUCGCCAAUUCCAGAGUAUCAUCCCGGUUCUACGGCUGUCGCAACAUCAAUCUCGUCCCCGACAAACCACGUCGACUUCCCGUGCUGUGAGGCUUUCGCCGAUAUGGCCUUCCCGCCUCGCAUCACAUGCGUCAAGUGCGGUCCGGAGAUGGGCAACUAG